AACCGGGAACGUGAGCUUCUAUGUCUCUCCCUUUCUGCUCUGUUUCGAAGACCCAGUUUGUGGCGUUCCCCUGUGGACCUCGGAAUCUAAUGUAGUCUUGAGGAAAUCAGAUACCCGGAAUAUUCAAAUCGAUUGUUAAAAGAACAAGUCGACGUUCCUCCGUGCCUUCGCGGGGAUGUCAGCCGCGCCGGACGCCGGUGGGCGGGGUCAUAUUGCCUUCGACCAGAGUCAUGUCAACAUUAAACUACCAAACAGAUGCCGGCGAUGCCACGCCUACAACGAGGACCCGGAUGUGCCAAUGCUUCGCGAGAGCUACGUGAUCCUCCUGAACCAGAUGACCCGAACCCCUCAAGGUCUGUUCUUUCUCCUGGGGCUCUCCUUCCCGCAGUUCGCCGUCACCUCCGUCGCCCUUCUGGUCCUGCUUGUCUACAGUCAUUAUAAUAUAGUGUUGGUGCUCAUCCAUUGCCUGGUUCUCCUCAACCUCGCUAGGUUCUGCGUCGUCAAGUACUUCGGCAGGCGCUACGCAAGGGAGUACUCAGCUGAAGCGGAUCUCCUGCACCUGCACGCGGCCGCCCUCAGACACUCAAAUCGCGGCGGUCUCGCAACCACACAACGACCACAAGUAUACGAGAACGCUACCUUGCCUGAUUAAAUGUUAAGUAAUACAUACAUAUCCACUGAUGAAUAUUUUUUGUAUAUGAUGCGCCAGAAAUUGAUGUUAGAAGAAGUGUCUUAUUAUGAAAUAGAAACAUUCAAGUUAUAAGCAAAUGUAUGUGUAUGCAACAGUAGAUUAUAUUUCAUGUACUUAUUGCCUGAGGUGUUAAGCUUUACAAAUGAAUUUCGUAUUUAUUAUAUAGGUUAUUUUUCCAUAAUGAAUCAAUAUAUAAAACAAUUUCCUCUAAACAGAUUUUAGUAUAUUUCUCUGUUCAUAAAUGCUGACAUACAUGUAUAUCAAUGCAUACAUUAUAUGCCUUUGUAUGAAUGUA